AUGGCGCCAAGAAAGAAGAACCCCGCCAUCAAGUCGAGCGGCACCACCUCGUCCAAGGCAUCGCCGCUCCCGGACUGGGUCAAAGGCGGCGGUCCCAAGCCACCGCCCUCGUACACCAAGGCGGCCAAACAGCAGCAACAAGCGCAACCAUCAAAAGGUGACGCAGCCGGCAGCUCAUCGUCAACAGCCACGACGCCAGCACCCGCGCAGCGCGAGAUGCUCUUCCCUCCCGGCAGCAAGACGCCGCUCAACAUGCUCUACGAGCGCAUCAACAAGCUGCCCGGCUGGGAGAAGCCCAUCGUCGAACCGCGCCGACACAAGGAAGGCUACAGCUGUGCAGUCACGCUCAAGAAGGUCAACAAGAAGGACGCAUCCAACCCUUUCACCGUCGUCUUUGAGCCAAAGGAGCCAGGCUUGAGGCUCGAAUGCAGCUCGAGCCUCGAGGCCAAGCACUGGGGCGCAACCUAUGCGCUCUUCCGCAUCUUCAACCAUCUCUCCCUCAACCUCGCCCUGCCCCCAGGACCGAGAGAGUACUGGGUCAAGAUGGAGGCAUACAAGAAGACAGCCCCCUCUCACCAGGACUGGAUGUGGGAGUCGGACCCCUUCGAAGCCCAGGCGAAGCGAGAGGCGGAAAAGGCAAAGAAGGAGGCCGACAAACAGGCGGCAGCAGAGGCAGCGAGCAAGGGUGAGGUCGGUAUCGUCAAUGGCAAGCUCAACGGCGCGGGAAAGCCGCUCAGCAAGGCGUGGCAAGAAGCAAAGGAGGUACGACUGGCCAGCAAGCUGAGGGAGAAGAUUGAGGCGACCAUCCGAAGAGCCAUGAGCAUCUUCCCCGCCGCAUCCGCCGCACCGCUCGAUCUGGAAGAGGAGGAUUCGGAUCCCAACGCCCCGCCAACCGCGGCUCCAAAGGUGGAUGCAGCAGCCCUCGAGAGGGAGCUGUCCGGAUACGGCUUUCGACGCGGACAAGUACGUAGUGCCAUCGCCUGGCUCACCGCUGCACGCACCGCGCUUGCCAAUCCAACAGCCUCAACAGCAGCAGCAACCGCGUCGUUGGUCGAUCCCAUGCUCGCCUCGGCAGCGGGACUGGCGGAUCGCGAGGCGGCGCUAGAGUAUCUCAUGCUCUACACGCCCGAAGAAGACCUGCCCGUGCGCUUCAAACCCUCGACGUCGUCCGAGAGCUUUGUCACUGCAUCCAAAGCCGGUGCGGGCGGCGACGCGCUCGCCAUCGGAUGGGCUGUCGAUCGGCUCGCAAAGCAGGCGGGAUUCCCCAGGCACGCCGUCCAGACCGUCUUCCAGCGCAUCGCCGCUGCCGAGAAGCAGAUGGCAAUCGAGCUGGCCAGGACGGUCAAGGAGGGCUUGGCACUCGACAUGCUGCUGCGCCAAAUGACGGGCUGGGACGCAAACGAUGCGCAGCCAGCCUGGUCGUCCGAGGCCAUCCUGCAGGCUACGCUCGGCUUCUCGACGAUUGUGGACGAGGCCGAUGCGGAAGAAAUACAAAGCAAGCGCGCGGAUGAACGCAUGGCGGUCGAAGCGAUCCUGGGUGAGGAGCGGGUGCAGGUGCCGUCGGAACACGAACGUCUGGGCGUGCACGACUACGACAUCCUCAUCGCAGGCCCCAACACGCCGGCUGGUGGCAAGGAGGAUGUGCGGCUGCGCAUCUCGUCCCACCCGCAGACGCUCUACCCCACCGCGUCUGCUGGCAUCGACGCCGUAGCUCUGCCGGCUUUCGCAGUCGUGUCCAAGACUCUGCCGUCGUACCUCAAGCUUGCACUCACACAGCACGUGCUGCAGCUCUUCCACGGCGCCAACGGACGCGCAGAUUGGACGGAUGCGGUCGAAUCCGGAGACGGCGGCGUGCUGCUCGGCGUUGUCGAGGAGUUGGAAGCCACGUGGGCCAAGGUGGUGGAUGACCCGCCGCUGCUCAACAGCGUCAUGCGCUUCCUCGUCGCCACCGAGGCCGAUGACAGUGCCGAUCCCACGCCCGACGCCUCGCGCGCCGCCACGCCCACAGGAGCGAGAAAACCCAACCCGAAACGCAGGAUGGGCGGCAGCAAGCCGCUGCGCCGCGAUCCCGAGGUGGACUCGACGCUGCAGCGACAGCAGAGCCAGCUGCAUUCGUCGCCAGCGUACGCAAAGAUGGGCAGCAUCCGCAAGUCGCUGCCCGCCUCAUCUGCUGCGGCGGAGAUCCUGGAGAUGAUCCGAUCGAACCGGGUGGUGAUCAUCGCGGGCGAAACCGGAUGUGGAAAGACGACGCAGGUGCCGCAGUUUAUCCUCGACGAGGCGAUCCAGGCGGGCGCCGGGAGCGAGUGCAACAUUGUGGUCACGCAGCCUCGACGAGUGAGCGCGAUCGGCGUUGCAUCGCGUGUCGCCGUCGAACGCGGCGAAGACCUGGACGGCAAGAAGCCCGUCGGCCAGGGUAGCCUAGUGGGCUAUGCGAUUCGAGGAGAGAGACGGGCGGCGCGCGAGUGCAGGCUGCUCUUCACCACCACCGGUGUGCUGCUUCGCCGUCUGGGCGCAGGGGGAGAUUCGGACCUGCGCGGCAUCUCGCAUGUGGUGGUGGACGAGGUGCACGAGCGCAACGUCGAUUCGGACUUUCUGCUGCUCGAGCUGAGGGAGCUGCUCAAGCGCAACGCCAAGAUCAAGGUGGUGCUCAUGAGCGCCACGAUCAACCAGCAGACCUUCGCGGCGUACUUUGGCAGUGCACCGUGCAUCUCGAUCCCCGGCCGCACCUUCCCCGUGCACGACCACUAUCUCGAGGAUAUCAUUCGCGAAUGCAGGUUCCGACCCUCGGGCAACGAGUUCAGAGCAAGGGGCGGCAAACAGGUCGAAGAGGAGAUGGCACAGCUGCGGUCGCAUCUGCAGCAGCAACAUGUCGAUGAGGAGACGGCGCGUGCUGUCGAGAGCAUCGCGCGUGCUGGUGGACGCAUCAGCUACGAACUGAUCGGGGCGGUCGUGCGAUACGUGGUCGAACGCGCCGAGAACGAGGAGCUGGCGGCUGUCGAUGCCGACGUUGGUGGAGCGGUGCUGGUGUUUUGCCCCGGUGUGGGUGAGAUCCGCCAAGCGAUCGAUGCCAUUGCGACGUCUCUGCGCGGGCAGAGUGUGGAGAUCCUGCCGCUGCAUGCGAAUCUGUCGGCCGACGAGCAGCGCAAGGUGUUCCAGCCUGUGCGUCGCGGGGCGCGCAAGAUCGUGGUGGCUACCAACGUGGCCGAGACGUCGAUCACCAUCCCAGACGUCUCGUACGUCGUCGAUACGGGCAGGGUCAAGGAGACGCGGUUCGAGCCCGAGAGCGGGCUGACGAGGCUGGUCGAGUGCUGGGCCUCGCGUGCGGCGUGCAAGCAGCGUCGUGGUCGAGCGGGCCGUGUGCGGGCAGGUGAAUGCUUCCGACUCUACCCGCGCUUUGUCGACGAGCGCAAGAUGUCAGCGCAACAGACGCCCGAGAUGCGACGUGUGCCGCUCGAGUCGCUCUUCUUGCAGGUCAAGUCGAUGCGUGAGGAGGAAGACGUGCAGCUCUACCUCAACAAGGCGCUCGACCCGCCGAGUCUGGCAUCGAUGGAUGCGGCGCUGACCAAUCUGAUCGAAGCUGGUGCGCUGCAUGCCGACCGCGGGUACAGAAGCAGGCUGACCUCGCUGGGCAAGCAUCUGGCGCAGUUGCCGCUGGAUCUGCGACUGGCCAAGCUGCUCAUCAUGGGAACGAUCUUUGGAUGUCUGGGCCCCAUGUUGACUGUGGCGAGCAUCAUGUCGUGCAAGCCGCUCUUCUCUGCACCGUUCGAGAAGCGGGAGGAGGUGAGCCGGGCGCGAGCGAGCUUUGCGGUGGCGGGAUGCAGGAGCGAUCUGCUGGUGGAUGCCGAGGCGUUUGCGCAGUGGCAGAGCAUGCGUGCCGAGCGACGAUCCAACGCCGAGAUGCGCGAGUGGUGCGAGAGGCAUUUCAUCUCUGCAUCGACGCUGCGGGAUAUCCAGACGAACAGGGUGGAGCUGCUGUCGCAUCUGCAGGAGAUGGGAUUUGUGCGCUCGAGCUACAGGGCGGUGGGAGGGUACGAGGACGAUCGGUACGAUAAGAAUGCCGAGCAUACGGGCGUGUUGCGCUCGGUCAUCCUGGCUGGCUUGUGGCCGUCGAUCAUCCGGAUCGAUCUGCCGUCGGCCAAGUUUGACCAGUCGUCGAGCGGUACGGUGCAGCGCGAGGCGGAAGCACGCCAGGUGCGCUACUUUGACCGCAACGGCCGCGUUUUCUUGCAUCCUUCGUCGACGCUCUUCAGCUGCAAAGGGUUCGACUCUUCCUACCUCGCCUCGUUUGCCAAGAGCAGCACGGGCUCGGGCGAUGCCAAGGUGUAUCUGCGCGAUGCGACCGAGGUGCCGCUGUUUGGACUGCUGCUCUUCGGCGGACGACUCAAGAUCAACCACCUCGCCGGCGGCAUUGGCGUCGGAUCCAACCAGGCCAAACCGGGCGAGGAGAACUGGGUCCGACUGCGGGCGAACGCGAGGAUCGGCGUGCUGUGCGCGCAGCUGCGGAGACUUCUGGAUGCCGUGCUCGACAGCGCCAUCGACGAGCCGCAGGACAUGUUUGCGGCGCCCGGAUGCAAGGAGGUGCUCGAGGUGAUUGGCGAGGUGCUCGAGCGCGACGGUCGGGCUGCCUAG